CGUGCGGCCUCCACGAACAAACAAACGGCUGCGAUCUUGUCACAACCAAUCGUUGCACGAUUGACUCGGCCUGCUGACGAGGGGUUCAGUCGUCGCAAGAGACGUGCUGGUUGACAGCGCCUCGUACAUACACACACUCUGUCGCCGUCGCUGCAGAGUCGCGGCAAGUCCAUGGCGAGCCGCGUGCUCUGCCUCUCCCCUCUCCCAUUCACCCUCACUCCCGCUCUUGUGACUCUGCGCCGACUGCAUGCCCCGCGCGCAUGCCUGACUCACCCUCUAGGCAGCACCACGCGCGACCAUGAACCUGCCGCUGUCCGACCCGGCGCUGUUGGCGCAGGAGACCCCCGAGACUCUGGUCGCGCGACUCCGCUCCUCUGGCCAGGCUGUCUGCAUUCGCUUCUCCCACCGCGGCGAUCUCCUCGCAUCUGGCACUGCUAAGGGCACUAUUGCCAUCUUCGACCUCGAGACGAAUGGCGUGGCACGCAAGCUGCGAGGCCACACCAGCGGCCGCACGGUUCAGUCGCUGUCGUGGGAGAAGAGCGGGCGCUACCUUUUGAGCAGCAGCAUAGAUUGGAAGGUCAUUCUGUGGGACCUAGCUGAUGGCAGCAGACUGCGCACCAUCAACCUCGGCGCGCCCGUCUACAUUGCAGAGCUGCAUCCCAACAAUCACCACAUGUGUGUGGCCGCGCUGUACGAAUAUCGUCCGGUUCUUGCAGAUUUCACCGACGACAAAAAGGUCACACAACUCGCCCUGCCCAACUUGCCAAAGCGAGCUCCUCACGAAGAGGGCGGCGAGAAGGCGGACGCGAAGCACUUUACCACUGUUGCUGCUUUCACCCCGAGCGGCUCCCACAUCAUCACAGGCACUACCAAGGGCUGGCUUAAUGUGAUCGACACCACGACUCGCGAGACCGUCUACAGCACGAGGCUAUGUAGUAAACCCAUACUGCUCAUCAGGCUUAGCAGUUCGGGCCGCGAUUUGCUUGUCAACGCCUCCGACACCGUCAUUCGGACUAUAAAGCUUCCUGACCUGAGCGACCCCAAUCUCCAUCCGGACAACAUCCGUCUAGAAGUUGAGCACAAAUUCCAGGACGUUGUCAAUCGCCUAUCCUGGAAUCACGUUGCCUUCAGUAGCAACGCCGACCAUGUCAUGGCUUCGACGCUGAUGAAUCAUGAUAUCUACAUUUGGGAGCGCAUACACGGGUCGCUGGUGAAGAUUCUGGAGGGUCCUAAAGAAGAGCUUGGAGCUGUAGAGUGGCAUCCAACACGCCCAUUUGUGGCUGCGACUGGGGUGGAAACUGGCCGAGUGUAUCUCUGGUCGAUUAACACACCGCAAAGAUGGUCAGCGCUUGCGCCCGAUUUUGUCGAGGUCGAGGAGAAUGUGGAAUACAUUGAAAAGGAGGACGAGUUCGACAUCCAUGACAUGUCCGAGCUGCAGAAGAGGCGAUUAGACCAAGAAGAUGAGGAGGUAGAUGUCCUGACCGUGGACGAGGAACAGCUGGCAAGGGAAGGCAUGAAUAUAAAGAAUGGCACAGUGCAGGCAGGCGAGGAGUUCCGCAUGCCUGUACUGCUGGAUAUAGGUGAAUCCGACAGCGAAGACGAAAUCGUUGCAGUCGGAGCUGGCCAAUUCAGACGCAAGAGUACCGCGCAGGCGGAUGAGAUGGAGUUUGCCGAUGGCGAAGAUGUCGCUAAUGGCGAGUACGAAAUCAAUGGUCACUCUGGAUCGAAGCGCCGCAGAGGGGAUUGAAGAUGAAACACGAACAGGGCAACCCAACUCGGCGACUACAAUACGCUGCAGGUUGCAUCGAAGGCUUUUGCAGGCAUCAACCACCAGGUGCAAUUACUCGUUCCCCACGCCAACGGGCACGCUCAAAGCAUCGAGCAGAGCUCUGACUUGAUCGCAAGUAGAGUGUGUGGAUGACUAGAUGUACCUGGCUACCCAAUACUAAGCAGUCAGAGUCCAUGAAACACUGUUGGCCAGCGUCAUUCUGCAUCUCACACCUCGCGCAUGAAGCCGGUCGAAUAGCAGUGGACAUCAUAUUGGAGUCCAGAGACGAGUUUGAUAAGAGGAACUUGGAAGUCGAGAACCUCUGUAGCACGCCCAAAAGCAUUGGCGA